AUGGCGUCCAGAGGUGACUCUGCGGAGUCGACCCGUGUGCGCUCUCGCCGCUCUAUCGCCCAUGUACCCCGAUCGAGGUUGACUGCUGGAGGAGACAAAGAUAAUGCAACGACAGAAAUCAGCACUUCCCAGCCACUUGCUAAUCGCCGAUCGGCAACGGGAAAGGAGAAAAAGUCUCGUAGCAAAAGUCUGGGACCUGGAGGUUUGGACGCGCUUCAGACUUCGAACGGAAACCGACGAAAGUCUGCUGCAGUGUUUCCACUAAAGUCAAUCCUCAAACCCACAGCACCUGUAUCCCCCAUACGGAACAUUCCUACAUUUGAAGAAACGCGCAGAAAAACACCGGCCCGCGGAGGAAAGGAACAAGCGUCUAGCACCGGCUUAGCGCAAGGAGGAAACUUAAUUGAUUUGGACACACACGCGCAGAAAUCUGCAGUUGGAACGGACGGUCAAACUAAUCCAUUCGAUAAUUUCAAUGCGGACACCAUCCGCGAUGAGAUGGCUGCUGCAAGGGAACAGGAGGAGAAGGAAAGGCGCGAGAGAGAAAGAAAAGCGGCAUUGGAGCACAGAGAGGCUCGGCGCAAGUCAAUGGAGCUGACUGGUCUUCAAGCCAACCGUCGUGUAUCCUUUGCUCCUGAGGCGACACUGCAUACCUGGAACGUGGUGGAGAUUCCUGAAGACUCGACAUCCUCUUCCGCUUCCAAUUCUACUCGACGUGUCUCUGCUCUGACGAAUACUCCGAACCAGCCCAUGCAUACAUCAAAACAAAGCGAUCGUUCAAGCUCGCCUGAUAUUGAUGCUGAGUCGGACAUCGCCUUCUCGCCGGUUCAAUACCCUGAUUUGGAGCGACUCAGGAAUCAGCAACCUAUUGGUAGCUAUGAUGGAGCUAGUUCAUCCCAGGAAAUGCUCUCAAGCCCUUUUAGUGGAAGCGAAAAUAGCGAGGAUACUGGUUUGCACUCCAUCGCUAGGGAUGAUGGAAAUGACGAGGAGGAGGAGGACGACGAUGAUGAUGAGAGUUCUACAGCCUCCGGAUUCGACGGGGAAAGCACAGCAAUGAGUAUGGAUGACAUGUCCAUCCACUCUGGAGUGACAACCCAAACAGAUGGGUCAGAAUCGACUUCCGGCACCAAUCGCCUGAACGAAGCCUUACGGCAAGCUGCUCGGGAGGCGGGAACUAGAAGCUUCGAGGACGAGAACGAUGAGGAAGUAUCUAUGGAGAUCGCUGACCAGGAGAUUACUGGCGCCUUUCAGCCUUGGAUCAAGAAGGGGCAGAGACAGAGCUUCGAUUGGGAAGAUAUCAGCGCGCGGCAUGAUCAGGAAAAUGUUGACCCCUCCAAGUCCAUGAACUCCGCAACUUCGGAGAUGGCUAGCGACAAUGGUGACGAGGAUCUUAGCAUGGAAGUGACCAAUGCUAUUGGGCGGAUUAUUCCCAACAACCGCCAGAGCCUCGGCCGCCGCAGGUCGAUCGCCGAAGAAACGAACUACGAAGAGCAGACAAUGGAACUCACUAAUGUAGUGGGAGGUAUCGCGCAAUCCGUUUCUCCUGCAAAGUCAGCAGAUGCCAACAGCGAGAUUGACAACGACGAGGAAAUGACAAUGGAAUUUACGUCGGUCGUGGGAGGAGUUUUGAAUAGAGCCGGAUCUCAGAAGGUCGACGAGGAUAAUGAUACACCGGAUCACGGAGAUAAUUCCACGUACGACAACCCAGAUGAUAUGGACGAUGGUGCCGAUAUGGAGAUUACGGGAGCGGUGGGUGAAAUACUUCCACGUGUCCAGGAGGAAGCGGAGUUCGGGGAUGGAGACCAGACCACAGGGAUGGAUUUCACUGCCGCUAUGGGCAAGAUAUUGACGCCUGAACGCGCGAGCCCAGAUAAGGUACACUCGCAGCCUGCCAGCUCUCCUUUCCAAGAGUCUGUCAGAGCAUCCCCAGCUAAGUCCCCGGCAGCCUUCCAUGUUGCUGCUGUCGCCUCUGAAAGUGGUAGCCCUAGCUUGGCCAGUGUCAGGUCAAGGCCUACAAGGCAGAGUCUGAGCCGCGCAACCCCCACGACACCAACAUCGAUAACACCCCAAGAACCACCUGCCCAGAAUUCUUCGAAGACCCUAAAACAGUCGGCUCGAGCAGGCCAACCCUCUACUCCAGAACAUCCGUCACCUUUUAAGGACGAAGGUAUUCGCAAUGCAUCACCGAAGAAAAUAUUUCAACCUGAGAUUCAGGCUUCCCACAGUCAACAGAAAUCUCCAGGUCGCCGAAGCCUUUUUGGCUCGAAUGCGGCGGGAGAGUCUGCUCCUUUGUUUGUCCUGCGACCUCCAGGACCCAGGCGCUCCUCGGGCAUUGGGAUCGACAGGGAAGGACUUGGUUCUCCGAAAGUUGCGGCUAUGCUUGACAAACGGCGUUCCAUUGGGGAGGAGGCGGGAGACUUUGUUCCAAGGCCGCAAGGGGUGCGGUUUGAAGACCCUAUCAAACUCCAAGAAGAGGUUGACCGAGAACGGGAGGAAGAGGAGAGCCGCGAGGAUGGUCAUAUCCAGCCUCCAGAUCCCACUGCCAGCUUGAAAGACAUGAUUUCAAGUCUUACACCAAAGAAGAAUAAGCUGCGCGGCCGCAAGAGCCUUCAUGUUGGUGCUGCUCGGGGUAUUCUUGGCAAGCGCCCAGCAGAGUUAGACCUGGAGGACGAAGACGAAGGUGAGAAUACGCCCAAGCGAUUGCGGCGUCGCGAGGACAGCCCUGUGAAGAAUGUGAGGCUUCCGCCUCCGCCGAGCAAGGAAGAAACCGUUGGUCGUGCUCGGUCCCCAGCUCGUAAGUCGAUGGCAUUAUCUCCUUCAAAGGUCAGCACAACACCGACACAGGAGCCGAGGGUCCUUGCUCUGGAAAACUCCGCUCAAGAUGCAUCGAAAGCUGCUUCACCAGACGUUGAGGUUCCAACUGAAGGUGGUGCUGACGACAAUCAUGAACCUGAAUUUGAACCAAUCCAUUUGCAAGACUUCUUGAAUAUGACCAACAUCCACUUCAUGGAACUUACGACCACUAAGAGACGACAUACGACGGCACCGGAUAGCAUCAGCAAAAGGGCAGCUAGAUUGUCCUUGGAGGGUGAUGGCAAGUCCAGUGCUUCUAACUUUGACGACUGCGUGGCCGCCGGGUUCUGUACCGUGCCAAUGUUAGAGUUGUAUCAGCACUCCUGCCGAGAGUUGAAAUCAUAUAUCUCCGAAGGUCGCCAAAUCAUUCGAUCCAUCGAGACCGAAACCUACGCCGACAACCCACCCCUGUUCCGGGAAUAUAUGGCAGCAGCGCCUGACAUCCGUUUGUUAAUGGACAACCAGUUCCGGAACGUCAAAACUCACACCAGACUGCUGAGCAAAGCUACAUGGUACGAGUGGCGUAUGAAGCUUCUUGAGGGUCUUAAGGAGGGCCUAGAUCGUCAUGUAGAGGAGAUGAAAGGGGACGACAAUCUCUUGUCGAAACACGAGGCAAUCUUGAAGGAUGCUAUGCCUGCGCUCUCCGCUAAGCAUUCGUCGCUAAAGGAAGAAGCCGCCCAGUUGCAGCAGUUAGCGGAUGAACUCGAGAACUGUGACCAGGAUGAACUCUGGAAUGCACGGGGCAAGCUGUCUGACUUGGAAGAGGAGAUUGCGGCGAAGAGGCAGGUGCUCGAAGAGCUCCAGACGCAGAUACAGGACAAGACAGACACGAUAGAGACAGGGACAGAGUUGAAAGCAGAAGUCAUGGCUCAAAUCCAAGAAGCUGAAAGGGUAAAGGAAGAAUGCCGUGGAUGGAGUGCCAAGGAGAUCCGCGAAUUGAAGGACUCUGUCCAUCGCAUUGAGCAGCGGACUGGAUGGUCAAUCAGUUCUGCAUCUUCUUCUGAGACCGGUCUGGCAGUGACCAUGGUUUACCGACACCAAUUACAACUCAAGUUCUAUCCAGCUUCAUUUUACAUUGAGGGCGAAAGCAAAGACUCUUUGUCGCAAAAGGAAAACACCCCAAUUGAGCUGUGCUACUCUCCUGAGAAAGAAAGUGGACCGAGCCACGCGCGUUCGCUCUCUCCAAUCAUGUUACUCAUUCUCAAAUCCCUCCAAAACCACAUCGCCACAAUCACUCAGUCAGAGCUCACCUCAAAACAGCUUUUACGCUUUGUCUCGAAAGCCUGGGACCUCGCGACAAAGGCGGAAGAAGAAGCCCGCAUGCUUGGAUUCCACGGCGUUACCAAUCUUCAGCUUUCGGAACUCGAAAAACCCUCCCUCAGAGCCAGGUGCACUCUUCUCGGCACUGUUUCUCCUCCAAUCGAUUCUACCCCUUUAUCAAAGUCACAGAAGCGGAGCAACGAAAACUGCCGAAUUGAUGUAGACUUUGCGGUAACAACAUGCAUCGUUGCGAGAGACGACGGGAAUGCGCUCGGCGUCCUAGACAUUCAAACUGAGGUCAUCGCUAGCAAAGUCUACGGCUUCGGAACGGAUAAUAGCAAGGGGUUGUCUGAGAAGGAGAUGCGGAGCAUUCUGAGCAAGGAGUUGAGAGGGAAUGGUAAAUCAGGCGUUAAGUUCGGGAGCGGAGUUUGGAGCAAGGCCGUUCAAAUGCUUGAGGGGAGGGUAUUCUAAACUUUGCUUGUGCCGCUUCUAUUAAGGUUCUUUGUUAUUGAUUUCUUCUGUGAUGAUUAAGCGGGUGUUCCGGUUUGGUUUGAACUGGCUAAUCGAUUCAUGCAACUGGGCUUUACUGUUACGGCCGUGCUCGUUAGUACCUAUAAGGAUGUUCUGCGCAUUUAUCGUUGUCCAAAUGGUGAUA